UUCAGAAAAGAGAGUUUAUCUCUUAGCGCCCUAUCUUCAGUUGUGCUUCCGUUUCUUUAGAAUAGUUGAGUCUUUCAGUUUUUUCAGAAAUGGCGUGCAACAAGAAAGGUUUUUGGAUCACUUGGCGCAUAGAAAAUUACAAUUUCUUUUUUUCAAGAACGGGACAAGGGUUUAACAGUCCGUCAUUUGUCAUCGAUUCUAUAAAAGAUACUUCAUGGGCUCUGAGAAUAGUCGCUAACUCAAAGAAAAAGAAGGGACAUAUGGUUCUUGAUAUUGCUAGAACGAUGCUUGCACCUGCAGAAGAUUUGGAAUUAAAUUUCGACGUUUCUUUCUUCAAAGAAGAUGAUCCUUUACCACUAUUCGAAGAUACAUUCAAACACGUAUACUGCAUAGAUCACGAAAAAUUCCUGUGCUUUAUACCUCAUCAUUUAGUAUACAGAAGAAAAGGAAACGAAUUCAUUCGACCAAAACUGUUAAUAGUCCGCUGCAAAAUAGUUAAAAGCAAAGAGUCUUUACCAGAAUCUGUACAUUGCUUCAUACGUACACGAAUCCGAGUAGAAACAACAGCUUUCAUUGGAUUUAUUGAAAAGUUUAGUAGUUUUAUUCCUGGAAAGGAAAGGAUAUUGACGAUCAAAUCAGUUUCUGAAAAAAUACUGGCGGUAAAUCUAAAUUUAAGCUUGGGUGGUGACCAUUGCUGUAAGGAAAAACUUUGGAUAGAAAUCAUUCCCAUUAAAAAGGACUAUGUAAAAUUUUGUACUUGUAAAGUAUUUCUCAUCGAUUCUGAAAAAAAGAAAAUAGAAUGCGGUGAAGACAAAUUCUUAUUCAUUGAGACAGAAUCCGAUGAAUGGAAAUUCCCACUACAUUUCACGAAAGGUUACUUAAUGGAGAACAGUACCAAAUUUUUAUCAAACGAUACUCUGACUCUGAAAUGCGAGUUUGCCUUUUCUACUGGUAUCGAAUACAACGAAAUAGAAGACAGCGAGUUUGGUGAUCUGGCUAUUGCCACUCAACCUAAGAUCACUUGUGCUUUGGAAGAUUUGACUUGCUUGUUCGAAGAAGGUAUUCUUUGCGAUAUACAGCUACAAACAGCAACUGAGACUUUUAACGCUCAUAAGAGUAUCCUGAGUGCACGAUCAUCAGUAUUCAAAAGUAUGUUAACCACGGACAUGACGGAGAAGACUACAGAAUGCGUGACCAUCGAAGAUCUGGAUGCGAAUACUGUUCGUCGAAUGCUCAUGUUCCUCUAUUCGGAUAGACUGGAAGAUUUAGACUGGGAAAGUGCAAAGAACUUAUACUACGCAGCAGAUAAAUACAGCAUAUUAGCCCUCAAGUGUAGAUGCUCUAGCUUCCUGAAGGUGAACUUCCAGCCAUCCUCUUGCUGUGAAGUUUUGCAGAUGUCAGAUCGGCACCAAGAUGAAGACUUGAAGAAAGCCGUUCAAGAAUACAUCAUCAAUAACAGGGAUGCUAUUAUCCACACCGACCAAUGGUUCAAUUUAGAAAAGAGUAACCCUAUGCUUGUGAUAGAAACUUUUCGAACCAUGUCCUGAAAAAUUGAUUUAUUUACUUAAAACUAUUCCUCUAAGAAGAUCGCUGAGCUUCUGGAAAUGCUUUCUGCCUAAAUGUUUCUGCAAUUUUUGAAUAAAUCUUUUUUAUGUUUACUUAUAUCAGAAUGAAAACAUGUUAACGAUAGAUUUUUUUUAUGUAAUAAUAAAUGUAUUGUAAUUGUUUAAAGAAAUA